AUGCCUUUUGACCACCACCUCGUCGCUCCGAACGACGACAGGAUGCUGAACGAUGAACAAUCUGACGAUGACGCUCGCUCGGAAGAUUAUCGUACCAUGCCGUCUUCGUCAAAGCGAGUUGCGCGGCGUGAUCCCGACGAGUACAAGCUGAGCAAUGCGCUCAAGGUUCCUCGCGCAACGACCUACACGGCCCAGGCACUGUACGAACAGAUUCUGUCGAAUGAUAUCAACUUGGACCCUGAGUACCAGCGAGAUGUUGUCUGGACUCAACAAAAGCAAACAGGGCUCGUAGAUUCUGUCUUGAGGAACUUUUAUAUACCGCCGAUAAUAUUCGCGGUGAACACAUUUGAUGAUGGGACAGAAACCAAGACUUGUAUCGACGGCAAGCAGAGACUUACGUCAAUUCAUAGAUUCAUGGAAGGUCUGAUUCCGCGUAAGAAUUGCCCGUUCGUUGGUCUUUCGCCAUUGACAAAGUAUUUCUACUGCUUUAGACCAAGACCAGUGCGCUGCGAUAAUCUUUCCCGUUUGUCCUUGACUGAUUAUCCUGCCCACAGUGAGACGGGUGAAAAGUAUUGGUACAAAGACAACCCUGGGGCCCCGAGCAAACGGGAAAAGAACCUGCUCCCCGAGUAUCUUUGUCGAUUGUUUGCAAACAAGCAGGUUGUAUGUGUCGAAUAUCAGGACUUGACUGAUGACGGCGAACGAGACAUCUUCCAACGUGUCCAGUUGGGUAUGGCCUUAACUCCUUCAGAGAAAUUGCAAGUUAUCAACACUCCUCGAGCCCAGCUUAUCCGUGAGCUAAUGAACGCGUACCCCCUCGAAAAUCUUCCCUAUGACCGCUCGCGUGCUACUGAUUUCCGUUGUUACGCCGUCAUCGCGCAUGUCCUCAUGAACUACCCCAAAGGCAAGAACAUCGCUCUUGGCGCCACCCUGACCAAAUGGCUCGACCUGACAGCCGAGGUAUCGGACUCAUUCAGGACGAAGAUGAUCGAGGCGCUGGAACGUGCCGAGGAGAUCAAAGUUCCCGAGCAGAAUGGCAAGGGCAAGGUGUCACCAGUGGAGGUCAUUUUUAUCGUCAUUCUCGCGAGUAUCAUCAAGGAGAAGGAAAAUCUAUCAGCCUUGGUGAAGGACAUGCGGGCAGAUGUUCGUGAAGCUUUCCGCGACGUCCGGACGAAUAUUUCAGUUGGGAAGCAUAUGCUGGAGUUCGUCAAGCAGGCGGAUAAAGGGAGGAAGGGGAGCCGAUAUUUGGAGGACGAAUUGGAGGAGGAACGGAUACCGCUUCCUAGGAGGAGUCGAAAGUUGAAGACGGCCAGGGACUCGGAGGACUUUAGGCAGGCGACAGGCAACAUUCGUGGAUUGCAGGGGGAGAGCCCUCCAAAUCCGCAAAACUUGCCAUCUCCCAAUACCAUCACUUAGAUAUGUGACAUCUAUGAUAUAUUUUUCGCUGUCGACGCCUUUCUACUACUAUGCCUUGUUGUAAAAUUUUUUUUGGGAGAUCCGAACGCCAAGUUCUUCGCAGCGCUUCGCAUUUGUCUAGAAUGUAUCAUCAAGAGAGGGUCCCACCACAUACGACUC